CCAGUCACCACUGACCGAUAUAUCAGAAGUUCACAGGCUACUUCAUUCUCUUCUCCGACAGUCUUUUUAGAACAUCUUUUUAAUACGGCGCUCCUGACUUUUUUUCUAGAUACUAUAAAAAUUCUAUAGAGUAGAAAGUGUGUCUCUAUUUCUCUAAUAGACUUCAGAGACUGUUUGUUUACAAUAUUUUAUUGUGUGUGUCAAAUUGUUCACAUGGGCAAUUAAUUAGCCUACAAUAACUCCAUCCAUAUUAUAUAGUAUACCUAAUAUGAUUCAUGUCGUAGUUCCUGUCUCCUGUCGAUAACGCUAAAUUUUAAAUAACUAAGAUAUCAAGAUGCCUGCUUAUUCUUUAAUCGAAUAUAAGUUACGUCGAUAUUUUUAUUUGGGACAUGAAUAUUGUAUAUAUGUUCCUCCUUCAAUUCGAACUUCAUUUUGGAGUCAAAAUCAUUAUGAUGAUGUUACUGGUGUACGGAUAAUAGGAAAAAUUGUUAAAAGAAAUAAAGCUGAAGAGAUUAAUUCAAUAGUUCCAGUAAUUUUAAAGAUAAAAAAAGAAGAUAAGCUUCUUGAUGAUCGGCUCCUGAUUUUUGCAUUGGCUGUGUGUGCCAAGUUUAAUUUGAAACCAUGUGAAAAAAUGGUUGCUGAUGCUUAUGCAGCAGUCUCUACAAUAUGUACAGAUGGAUUAAAACUAUUGAUGUUUGUUAAAUUCUGCCAAAUAGCUAUUGGUAUUCUUUUUGAUCAAGGAUUUUUAACCAAUACGUCUAAUGGCCAUGGCCGUGGUUUUACCAAAUCUAUGACUAACUGGUAUUUAAAUAGAGAUCCAUUACUAACUACAGAGCAAAUAGUAAGGAAUAAAUGUUACGAUGGUUGGAGUCAUAAAGAUGUGAUGAAACUAAUUCAUCUUCACUCCGACGAACCAUGUCGUAUUAUGUACAUUACUUACACUUUGAGUGGUUUUGAAAAGGUUGAACAAUUAUUUGGAUCUCAAAUGAAAGAUGUUUGUAUUGACGAUAGAGAUGAAACAUUUGAAAAUAAGCAAUUAAAAUUUAUUUACAACUUUUUAAAUCAAGUAGAAAAUAUAAAAAAAAUGGAUGCAUGUGCAUUGCGGUAUGAAAUUGAAUUAAAUAGAUGGGGUCAUAAACCUGAAGUUAUACCUCGAGAAAUGCUAAAAAAUCCUACUAUUUUAACUUCACUUGUUAUGCAUUUGUCAUUGGAGAAAAUUUUGGAGAAUACAUUUUUUUUUGCUAAAAACAGAUUAUUUCACAAUUCAACACCUGAUAUAGGGCUUUGGGAGUAUAUUUUACGGUUCAACAAUACAAGUCUAUUAAAAAAAUCUCAAAUUCAUCCAAUUGAACCAUUUAUAGAAUAUGCUAAAUAUGCUAGAACAAGCAAAAAUAUCUUAAAAUUGCAAAAUAAUAUAAUGAAAAAGGAAGAAAACACUGAAACUGAAUUAAUUGAUAGUAAAUUAAAAGUGAUAGUAGAGUUAAAAAAAACACCAGAUAAAGAAAAAGUUGUUAUUCAAUCAACUGUAAAAAAUGAAGGAGUCUUAUUAAAUGAAGAGACACAAACUCAAAAUCAGAAUGAUCAAAAAUGUAGUUCAGCUUCAAGUAGUCACAAAAAUACACAACAUCAAAAAUCUGCACAAAAUUUAAAAAAAUCAUCUGGCGGAACAACAUUGGAGGAAAAUCAAAAAGAACAUCAAGUCCAAUUAGCGGACAGUAUCCAUCGCUUAUCAAAUUUAAAUAUCAACAGUCAACAAAAAAAUCUUGUAUCAACAACAGAAGAAAUAGGUGGUGAUGUGAUUCAAUCACAAGUGAAUGAUAUCAAACAAAAACAACCUAGUGUUUUGUAUAUGAUGAAACCACUUCCAGUGUUAGAAGACAAACUGUUGACAUUUUUAUCUGAAGAUCUGAUAAAAAAAACUUGUGAAGUUUUAGACCCUUUAGGUCUUCGUAUAAUGAUAACAUAUGACAGUCGAAUACGUAUGAAGAAAUCCAUGUGUGCAUGUUCACGAUUGGUCAGUGUGCAUGAAGCUAUUACAUUGAUAACAUUGUCUUUAAUUUACCCAGAAAAAUUAGAAAAUAAACCAACUGUAUAUGGUUUAAAUUCAGAUUUAAAUUCAUCUAAGAAGAUUCAAAUUGAUUAUAACCAACCUUUGACCUUUUCCUAUUUAGAACCCAUAUUGUUUAAAACACCUGAUAGUAAUGAUGGUUUAAAUUCAGUAGAUUCUGACAACAAAGAUAUUCCUCAAGUGUAUCCUCAUCUUUCUUUUAAGUGGGCUAAAGACAACAAUAAAGAAUUUGAUGUAUUUGUAUUUUUGGGAAAUAACAAAAUGAAUUUGAAAGUAUUUAAAAGUUAUAUGAAAGGAUAUACAGCACAUUUUAAAAUCCCAGUGAAAAUUGUUUUAAUUUGUCUGAAUGGAAAACAUUAUGAUCAAAUAAAUCUUGGCCGAAGAAAUACUUUAUUUAUUAUUGGCUUUGAUAAAAAUGUAGGCAAAAUAAUUAAUUCUUUCAUAAAGAAUGAUUUUUAA